UGAAUUCUAUACCCAAUGGGUAUUUAGUAGAUUUCGGUUUGGGUUUCGGAUCGGGUACUACUGGUUUCGGAUCGGUUCCGGAUACCCAUUUUUAAAGUGAAUUAUAUAAAUAUUUGCAAAAUAAAAUUAUUAUAUACCAGUUAUUUAUUUAUUUAUUUUAUUUUUUAAAGGAAAAAUAAAUAGAAAUCGUACAUAUAUUAGUAACAUGUAUUAAAUACAACAAAGUUGAAGUAGUCUAGUGGUAUUACAGUUGUUGCUUUACCUAUCCAACCCAAGUUCGAUCCUUAGAAGAUACAAAUCUAUGUUUUUUAAGCAUAGAAUUCGGGUUAAACGGGUACCCGUUCGGUUUCGGGUAAAAACCGGAACCGAACCGAUACCCAUGGAUAAUCAACAUUAAUAUCCAUCGGAUAAAUUGUCUAGGACCGAAACCGAACCGGUCCAUUUCGGGUCAGUUCCGGUUCGGAUAUUCGGUUAUGGAUAAAAAUCCCAGGCCUAGUUGGAAACAUAGAUGUGGCAUUAAAAGGGACGAAUAAUCUGACAUAAAUGAUUGAGAAAAUGACACAAAGAACACUAAACCAAGUUUUCCUCCCCAAACUAGCACUCAGGAUCAGAAGUCACAAAAAUAGGUUUCAUUAAAGGGGCAAUUUACCCUUAUGCCCUCUUCUUUAACUAAUUUAAAAAACAAAUUUGAAAUCAAUUGUGGCCGUCCUCGUUUCAUCGCUUCUUCUUCUCCUCAUCGCUGUCUUUCUUCGUCGUCGUCUCUCCGGCGUUGUCGUCGUCGUCUCUCCGUCGUCGUCUCUCCGUCGUUGUCGUCGUCGUCUCUCCGUCGUCGUCUUCGCCUCUCCGUUGAUCCGUCGUCGUCGUCUCUCCGUUUAUUUAUCGUCGUCGUCGUCGUUUCUCAAUUGAUCUGUCGUUUCUACGUCUAUUCAUCUCAUUCUCUCUCUCGUGUGUCUGAUUUUGAUUAAGGUUUGAAUCAUUUCAUUUUGUUAUACAUUAUCUAGGUUUUGUUAUAUAUUAUUCAUUUGUUGAUGAAUUGAAGUUGAUUUUGUAGAACAAUGGAAGUUUUGUGCAUCUGUGGACAAUGGAUCUCAAAAGAAUCUCUCCAGUGGGAGUUUCUUGUUGAUUUGAAGAGGAAUGCAUCAAUCAUUUCCAUAGAAGAAGAUCUACUGUAUGAAGAUUUGAUGAAGAUUGUCUCUGAAGAUUUUAGUGUUAAAGAGGAAGAAAUCAGUUUGAGUUAUGGUUUUUCAUUGGAUAUGAAAUGUAUUAUUGAAAGUUUCCCCCCACUCUCGAUAGGUAAUACUCGUCAGCUCAGAACUUUCAUUUCCAAGACUAGAGCAUUUGAUGGAACCUGUCGUUUGUGUGUUAAGGUUAGUACUGAUCCAGCUAGCUGUAACACUCAAGCUUCUGAUACAUUUGCUUCUACAGUUCCAUUGAAUGCCAAUCCAGCGAUGUUUUCUACUGUGCAGAGUGAAAAACAGGUACAUUGUCCUUAAUUCCCUUUUUCUGUUUGUGUUUGCAUGAUAUGCUUCAUAAUCAAGUAUUAUGCCUUACAGAACUACUUGACUUUUGCAGAGUCUUCUAUAUGAAGGUGUUUCUACAGUUCCUCUGAAUGUUCUUCCGGAUUUUAGUACUGAUUCAGCUAGCUGUAACAUUCAAGCUUCUGAUACAUUUGCUUCUACUGUUCCAUUGAAUGCCAAUCCAGUGAUUCUUUCUACUGUGCAGAGUGAAAAACAGGUACAUUGUCCCUAAUUCUCUUUUUCUGUUUGUGUUUGCAUGAUAUGCUUCAUAAUCAAGUAUUAUGCCUUACAGAACUACUUGACUUUUGCAGAAUCUUCUAUAUGAAGGUGUUUCUACAGUUCCUCUGAAUGCUCUUCCGGAUUUUAGCCCUGUCCAUAUUGGACUUUCACCAAACACGAGAGUAGCUGGCGAUAUUAAGGUGAAUAGCUAUUUUAAGACAAAGAGAGAGUUGAUGUUGAGGAUGAAGAAAUGGGCUUUAGAGUGGAAGUUUGAGUACAAGACUGUCUCUUCUAACAAGUCAAGAGUGCUUUUGAGUUGUGUUGAUGAAAAUUGCACGUGGAGGAUGCGUGCUAUCAAGCUACCUGUUUCAGAUUUUUUCGUUGUUAAAAAGUAUGUUCAUGAGCAUACAUGCGAUACAACACACAGGAAAGCCAACCACAGACAAGCAUCUGCAAAGUUGUUGGGUUCUUUGAUUUCCAGCAAUUAUGGAGAAAAAAA